UUCCAACAGUAUUAUUAUUACCUCUGGGAUUGUCUAUUAAUAACACGUGAGAAUGCAUUAUGCGGUCAAAUCUACAUAUGCAUUCCUCUAAACAUGUCUCUCGUGUGUCAUCUUAGUAAUAACAUAUACAUUAAUUCGAAGGAGUUUAUUUACUAGUUAAACGGGAGUUAAAUGGGCUUUAAGACCAAGGAUUAUCCCAUUUGAAUAAAAAAAGAAACUUUUUGAUUUACUAAUAGGAUAUCACAAAUCAUGUAUGUAAAGAAUUAAAACAAUUAAAUAUCAACUUUGUAAUCUCUACUCAUAUGGAUAGAUUUAAACAUGGAAAGUGUAAUCAAAGUUUCAUUCUUUAAAAAGUAACAGUAAUCAACGACUCACUUCUAUAACCGAAACAACCCAUAACACAAUAAACACCAUGUACCAUGUACAUUUGUGUAUAUUUCUCACAUUAAUUUUUGGAUAUCUACGCGAUACAAUUACGCUUGGUUGCAAUUCACGGCUGUUGGCAGAUCGUGCUAUGGUUCCUGAUACUUCAUUUCAGCAUUCUAGUGCUGCAACAAUACAGCAUGGAGCAUCAGCUGCUCGUGAAGACCCAAACGAUCCCAGUCUUCAAGAACGCGCUUGGUGCCCAGAUGCUAAAGUUGGUACAGAACUUCGUGAAUUCAUGGAAAUUGAUCUAGGUCGCCAAAGUAUUAUCAAACUGAUUAUAACUAAAGGUCGUGUGGCCCAAAGUAAAGGUAGACAGACAACACCUUAUUUCUACGUAAAAUAUCGUCGUGAAUUGACUAGCACAUGGUUUGAUUACGAAAAAGAAAAUGGGACUAAGCGCUUAGCUGGGAAUCAAGACGCUAUGACAGAAAAUUUCAAUACAAUGGAUCCACCAUUCGUAGCACGUUAUGUGCGUAUCUAUCCAUUCAGCUUGGAGCCAACAAAAACGUGUUUGAAGUUGGAGUUAUUAGGCUGUGAAGCGAGUGGAAUCGUAGAGUACAAAGCGCCCGAAGGAGCACUAUUGCCAGAAACUAUUUCUCCAAGUCAUCAGAUGUAUAGAAACAAUCCUUCUAAUGAACGUACUCGCCUGUUGGAUACAACAUAUGAUUUGAAAUCACAUAAAUUUCGCAUUUUUGACAGUAUUCAUAAGGAUUUUAGUGAUGAGAAAACAUUUCAAACAAUCAUAGAAGGUGGAUUAGGCAAGCUAACAGAUAAUGAUACGGAGUUCAAAGCAAUCACAAGUCCCUUCUCAAGUCAUAAAUUUGUUGGAUGGCGAAGAAAGUUGACAGAAAAACCAUUAAGCACUAACACUCCAUCAACCGAAUCACUUGCAGAUUCAGUCACCUCAAAUUAUAAUACUGCAAUGGAAUCAGAUUUUGUUCGUAUCAUUUUUCGAUUUGAUAUGAUUUAUAACUUCUCUUCAAUAUGGUUGUAUGUUUCCAAUGACUUUUUAGUUGGUGUAACUGUGCCACGAAAUAUCACAGUUGGAUUUAGUUUUCAAGAUCCAUCACUUUAUUAUUAUUCUUAUGGAAAUCAUAAUCAAAAGCGAAGUAGUCAACAAAAGGAACAGUAUCUAAAUCCAUGGUCAUCAUCUAUUGUUUAUCAGAUAACACCGGAUAAACAGAAUACUGACUCACGUUGGAUCACCCUACCAAUACAUGAGAUACUUGAAACAAACUAUGCAGUACAGUCUGUUACAAAACACUUGCCAACUAAUGUACGGCAACUGUCAAAUGAUAAAAAUGAAUCAAAAGAAAUAAAUGUAUUUGGAUUAGGAGAGUUUGUUGAGUUGAGAAUAUUUUUUAAUAGUCAAUGGUUAGCUGUGGGAGAGAUCCUAUUUGAAAAUUCUCAAAUGCCCAAUCUGAAAUUCAAACCUGAAGAAACAAACCCAAAUGAGGUUACUCGUUCAGAACCUGGUGGUACAACAACAGGUCUUCCAUAUUUGUUAAGUGAACAGUCAUCCACUUUGAAUUUUCCCCUAGGACAAACAACAACUUAUGUGCUUGCAAUAAUCUGUAGCCUCCUAGUAAUACUUAUCUGUUGUGGAUUAUUUUGUUUAUUCUGUGUUUGGGGACGGGAGCGCCUACGCGUACCAUUUCGUCAUAAAUUUCACAGAAAAAACAAGAGAUUUAGUGAUUCUACUCAAUUCGAUUCCAAUCCAAGUGUAAAUAAAUCAAGUGCUCAGAAUACUUCUUUGCUUGCAGAUCAGUCCAAAAAUAGCAAUACUUUGAAUAAUAUAGUUGUAACUACAACUACUACUAGUAAUGUAUCUGGCGAUAUGCAAUACCAGUUCCAACAUCCACAAAGAUGUCAAGAUGUGAACAUGGGAUUGCCUAGUACAACAGCAUAUCUAGGUGGAUUUCAACUUCUGACUACUAAUGGAGUAUCUCCGAUAAGUAUUAACUUGACAACAAAUACCAUUCAUCAACCAUUUAAACAACUCGGAGUGGAGAACAAUUAUUCAACUCAUCCAAAUUUACAAAAUGGUAUUUUCAAUCCAUCGCCUAAUGAAGUUAAUGCUAAUUUACUGCCAACAAGUAUUCCCGGUAUGAAUAAUUAUGACCCAAAUAAUUCAAUAUCUUUUGUACCGAUCGUAACACCUAGUUUCAUUCCUGGUGGACCUGUAUCAUCGAAUCUUCAAGGAACCUAUCUUUCAACAGAAGAGAAUAUUUUAAAAAAUAUCAAUUAUGGAAAAACAUGUCAUGAAAAUUCAAUCUAUACUAGUUUACCUGGAUCAGACUGUGAUUCUCAACCGUAUGCAAAAGUUGACACAAUUAAUGGAUCAGUUAUACGACAGUACAAUUCCAACAGUUCAAGUAUUGAUCCAUCCAAAAUGAACAUUUCUUUUAAUCAUUGUAAUGGAUUAAGUCGAUUAUUUAAUCCACUUAAUUUACCUCCACCUCCAAGUCUUCCAUUACCUCCAACUCCUGAACACUUUACUUCAGGCGUUCAAACAAUUAAUUUAAGGCAUAAAAAUGAAUUUAACCAUGAUUUCAACUCUACAAGAAAAAGUGUUAACAGUGCAUUUUAUCAGUACAAUUCAGAACUGAAUAAGUCUAAUCCAAAUGAUGAUAUUCCUGCAUGGUUAGAUUCAAAGAGUCAACUGAUCACAACGGCCAAUCCUUUGUUUGAUACUAGUUUAAUGGUAGAUCAAAUGAAUAUGAAUAAUAUGAACAGUAUUCAAACGUGUUCAGGCAUUCAGAACUCUGAUUAUUCCAAUUCAACAACUAAUGAAUCUAACACUUACAGUGCUUAUUAUGGCACACCCAAUAUGCUUCCCAUUUCAGUCCCUACAGUUCAGAUGAUUUCAGUAAGUUUUCAAUGUAUAUUUUAUAAUAAUUAGGAAGUGUAAAUAAAAGGGGCUUCUACCAAAGUCAAGUUUAGCCCUAACAUUGUCAGCAAGAAGAACUGCUAACUCCACGUAUUCCAGAACUUUUUAGGGCAUCACUCAAAAACUGAAGAUUAAAUUGAUAUUUUAGGUAUCAGAAAUUCUCUGAACACCAUGUUGUAAAUAAACAUGAUAGGAAACACUAAACAAUGUCUUAAUUACACCGACAUUUUAGAAACAUAAUGAAAUUAUACCUAUCCGAUGCACUGAUAAAUUAGUAAAUAGUUCCUUUCAAAGUGAUUUAAUUUUGAGGCGUACUACGAAUUGAGAACUGAAAAACGCCACCAAAAUUUCAAUAUUGAAGAAUGGUGGUACUGUGGCUAGGACUCUCGCUAACCAUGCACAUAGUCCGGGGUUCGAUCCCCUGCCGAUGUACACCUGAUAUCUAUGGUCGGCCUGCAAAAUUUGGGCUAUCGAUAUCAAAUGCUUAAAAUUCCAUUCCUGUACCAAAAAAUACGGUGUGGAAUCAAGCUGUAAUAAAAAAAGAUGACAGAGCAUGAAACUUUUAUCUUAGUAGUGGGAUCGACUGAUAGGUUGCCAGUUUGUCUGCAAAUUUUCACAACGGUGUUCUUUUUAAAUUCCGUACUAGACAACUUUAUCCGAUAUAACUUACAGUGAUACAUUACUGAUAACUAGAUGAUAUUUUGAGUUAAUAAACUUAUGUAAUAUGGAAUUAUAUUCAACUGUUACGUUCUUUUUGUAAGACUUAGAUUGGCAGCAUAGACACUAUUGAGAUUAUCGCAGUACAAGCAAUGAUCACGGCAGUUAUUGUCGAACAUCAGUGGAUAGCAGUUGAUAUUAUGUUUUUAUCAUGUGGUAAUCUGCUUUUGUACAUUCGUCUUCUUAGUCUAAUGGUUGGACAUUGUAAACAAAAACAAUAUGACCACAGAAUUUACUCAUUUUCUACUAAUCUUUCUUUCAGUAGUUUGAAGUAGUAAAUAAGUAAGCUAAAAAGUCAGUUUUUCUGAAAAUUCAUUCAUCCACCUUUAGGAUAUAAUAAAACACGGUGCAUUAGAGGAACUUCCAGGGAGUAAAUAUUUUUCUCCCGAAAACAGUAGCCUCAAGGAAGUGUAAUCUGUUUCUAUUCAUUUCAGAAUUAUAAAAGAUUCCAUUGACAAAGAAAAAAAUAUAGGCAGGUAUUUAGGCUUUUAUAACUCCAAAAGAGAUAAUUCAACUUCCUUUUUGUUUUAUUCACUCUAUCACAUUUAUCAAGAUCUCUAUUUUCUGCUUAUUUUUUCUCUCUGUUUGACUUAGAUCAAACGCUGAAAGGGAAAGUUAAGCACAAAUCAAUUAUUUCAGCAGAAGCAUAAUUUUAUAUCUUAUUUCAAAAGAAACAGAAGAUGCUUUGAUAAACUUAACUGAACCUUUGUGUUCAUUUAAUUAAAGUAGGCCCCAAAUGUAUUCAUAAUUCCAAAUCAGAAAUAAACCUUCACAAUCAUUGUGUAACUACACCACUGUAUUUUUUAUGUGGCAUAUUUAUUUCCUUCUUAAAUUUUUAUCAGUAUCAUAAAAAUCAAUAUUGGCUGUGAACGUUUCCAGUCUGUUUACCCCUAUUGUACUUAUAAACCCUUGAUGACAGGGCACCGAAUUCUUUCCUUCUUUUCGAUGUAAUUAUUUUAAUUUUCAAAAAAAAAAACUUUGGAUAUUAUUGUUAGAUUGUCUUCAUGUCUGUACAAUUGCUUUUUGUCAAAAAUGUAUCAAAAUGUAAUGAGGUAAUCCACACAUUUACUUUAAAUCAGCAACUUUCAUACUUUAUACUUUUAUCUGCGAAUGUAUUCCAUUACACACGAAUACAGAUACCCACACACAAACACACACGUCUUUACAGACACGUACAUUCUGCAAUAAAAAUUAUUACCAAAUGAAGAAGACAAACAUCACCUCAUGUACAGUUACUGUGUAUUAAUGAAAUACAGUUGAAUUAAUUUAUAUGUGUUUCAAAAUAUAAUACUAUUUAUUAUUAUGAAUGUAGGAGAUUUAUGUAAAAACUUAUGUUUUGUUCAUAGAUUUUUGUGGCUGACAAUUUUUUUCUGGUGUUCCCUUGUCCAUGAGUUUUUGUUUGUUUGUUUGUUUGUUUAGAAAUUAUCUUUUCGUUGAGUUUUACAAUUUGUUUUUUUUUCUGGAAUAAACUAUGAUAUUAAAACAUGCUU